CCUUUUUUUUUUUUUUUUUUUUUUUUUUUUUUUUUUUUUUUAGUUUCUUUUACUUUUUUCUUUCCUUUCCGAAUUGGUUUUGUGGCGGAGGUUUUCCUGGUUUAAAGUGUGAUUGAUGGGCGGUGGUAACGGGGGACAGCGGGGGAGGGGAAAAGCUUUCAAAGCAGGCAGGCAGGCAGGGCAGGCAAAGAUCAAAGUCUCUCGAAUAGGUACUUGUUUCUUUCUAGGCGCAUGUGGACGGAGGGACGGGCUCUUUUCUGAGGCGGGGUUUUCUUUUUCUUUGUGUGUUUGCUUUCCUUGUGUCUGUGUUUUUUCUCUCUCAUCAUAUUUUUCCGCUACACUCUUCUUUUUUUUCCUUGUCUUUUUUUUUUUUUUCUCUUUUCUGCUUCCUCUCUCAUCAUACUACUACGGUCGCAGUAAAGGUGGACAAGGCGUGUUUUAAAAGAAAGUUAAAGAAGUAGGUCGGUGACACAAC